UUGGACGGAAGUUGCGUCAAAGACGCGCCAAAAAAGAACGUGGAAGGAGACUGGAGUUUAGCUUCAGUAGCUAAAGGUCCAGUGAGCCCGUGAGGCGUUGGAGAAACUGAGGUCCCACGCGGGGACGUCUGGAGGGCUGCGACUGAAGAGAAUCGCAGGUCUUGGGUAGGGGUCGCCUGAGGAGCUCGGGCCUCAGUCUUUUCUCGGCCCUGCCUAGAUUCCCCCCGGGAGGAAGGGAGAGCGGGGCGGGGCACAUCUGCUGCUGUCCAGGAACCUGCCCUGCUGAGAACUGGGAGACCUUUGGGACGUCUAUCUUUGCAAGUAAGAACAGCCUGAGGAGAACUAAAUGAAGUGAGGGUGUUUAACGAAGGACAACAGGCCUACAGAAGACAUGAAUGGAGACUAUAGAGGCAGAGGAUUUGGACGAGGGAGGUUUCAAAGCUGGAAAAGAGGACGAGGUGGUGGGAGCUUCACAGGAAAAUGGAGAGAGAGAGAACACAGACCUGACCUGAAUAAAACCACGAGAAAGCAUACUUCUGAACAAACCUCACAGUCUUUGCUACUACAAUCAACAUUGGAUCAGUUCAUACCAUAUAAAGGCUGGAAGCUUUAUUUCUCUGAAGUUUACAGCAGUAGCUCUCCUUUUAUUGAGAAGAUUCAAGCAUUUGAAAAUUUUUUCACAAGGCGUAUUGAUUUAUAUGAUAAGGAUGAAAUAGAAAGAAAGGGAAGUAUUUUGGUGGAUUUUAAAGAACUGACAAAAGACGAUGAAAUGACUAAACUGGUACCAACUAUAGCAAAUGAGUUAAGGGAUACACCUGAGAAAACUUUGGCUUGCAUGGGUCUGGCAAUACAUCAGGUAUUAACUAGGGACCUUGAAAGGCAUGCAGCUGAAUUACAAGCCCAAGAAGGAUUGUCUAGGGAUGGGGAAACAAUGGUAAAUGUGCCACACAUUCAUGCAAGGGUCUAUAACUAUGAGCCCUUGACACAGCUCAAGAAUGUCCGAGCAAACUACUAUGGAAAAUAUAUCGCUCUGCGAGGGACAGUGGUUCGUGUCAGUAACAUAAAGCCUCUGUGCACUAAGAUGGCUUUUCUUUGUGCUGCAUGUGGAGAAGUUCAGGGUUUUCCUCUUCCAGAUGGAAAAUAUAAUCUUCCCACAAAGUGUCCUGUGCCCAUAUGUCGAGGGAGGUCAUUCACUGCUCUCCGUAGCUCUCCUCUCACGGUUACGAUGGACUGGCAGUCAAUCAAAAUCCAGGAGCUGAUGUCUGACGAUCAGCGAGAAGCUGGUCGGAUUCCACGAACAAUAGAGUGUGAACUUGUUCAUGAUCUUGUGGAUAGCUGUGUCCCAGGAGACACAGUGACUAUUACUGGAGUUGUCAAAGUCUCAAAUGCUGAAGAAGGUUCUCGAAAUAAGAAUGACAAAUGCAUGUUCCUUUUGUACAUUGAAGCAAAUUCUGUUAGCAAUAGCAAAGGACAGAAAACAAAGACUUCUGAGGAUGGGUGUAAGCAUGGAGCACUGAUGGAGUUUUCACUUAAAGACCUUUAUGCCAUCCAAGAGAUUCAAGCUGAAGAAAACCUGUUUAAACUCAUUGUCAACUCACUUUGCCCUGUCAUUUUUGGUCAUGAACUUGUUAAAGCAGGCUUGGCAUUAGCACUCUUUGGAGGAAGCCAAAAAUAUGCAGAUGACAAAAACAGAAUUCCAAUUCGAGGAGAUCCACAUGUCCUUGUUGUUGGAGAUCCAGGCUUGGGAAAGAGUCAGAUGCUACAGGCAGUAUGCAAUGUUGCUCCACGUGGUGUGUAUGUUUGUGGUAAUACCACAACCACCUCUGGUUUGACUGUAACUCUUUCAAAAGAUAGUUGCUCUGGAGAUUUUGCUUUGGAAGCUGGUGCCCUUGUACUUGGUGAUCAAGGUAUUUGUGGGAUAGAUGAAUUUGAUAAGAUGGGGAAUCAACAUCAAGCCUUGUUAGAAGCUAUGGAACAACAGAGUAUUAGUCUUGCUAAGGCUGGCAUGGUUUGUAGCCUCCCUGCAAGAACUUCCAUCAUCGCUGCUGCAAAUCCAGUUGGAGGACAUUACAAUAAAGCCAAAACAGUUUCUGAGAAUUUAAAAAUGGGGAGUGCCCUGCUGUCCAGAUUUGAUUUGGUCUUUAUCCUGUUAGACACCCCAAAUGAGGACCAUGAUCACUUACUCUCUGAACAUGUGAUUGCAAUAAGAGCUGGAAAGCAGAGAACUGUUAGCGGAGCCACUGUAACUCGCAUGAAUAGUCAAGAUUCAAAUACUUCUGUACUUGAAGCGGUGUCUGAUAAACCAUUAUCAGAAAGAUUAAAGGUGGUUCCUGGAGAAAAAAUAGAUCUAAUUCCCCACCAGCUGUUGAGAAAGUACAUUGGUUAUGCUCGGCAGUAUGUCUAUCCAAGGCUGUCCACAGAAGCUGCUCAGAUUCUUCAAGAUUUUUACCUUGAGCUCCGGAAACAGAGCCAGCGGUUAAAUAGCUCACCAAUCACUACUAGGCAGCUGGAAUCUCUGAUUCGUCUAACAGAGGCACGAGCAAGGUUGGAAUUAAGAGAAGAAGCAACCAAAGAAGAUGCUGAGGAUAUAGUUGAAGUUAUGAAGUAUAGCAUGCUAGGAACUUAUUCUGAUGAAUUUGGAAACCUAGAUUUUGAGCGAUCCCAGCAUGGUUCUGGAAUGAGCAACAGGUCAACAGCAAAAAGAUUUAUUUCUGCUCUCAACAACAUUGCUGAAAGAACUUACAAUAACUUAUUUCAAUUUCAACAACUUCGGCAGAUUGCCAAAGAGCUUAAUAUUCAGGUUGCUGAUUUUGAAAAUUUUAUCGGGUCACUAAAUGACCAAGGUUACCUCUUGAAAAAAGGCCCAAAGGUCUACCAACUUCAAACUAUGUAAAAUGACUACCAACCCAGGACGUCCUGAGAUUAUUAGCAGUUUAAAACUGUCUCAGUAAUAAAGAGUAUGUAAAAAAAAAUAUAUAUAUAUAUAUAUAUAUAUUGUUCUCUGGAAAAUGAUGUCCUAAAAUUAAUGUAAUAGGAAAAAAGAUUUAAGAAGUGAUAAAGCCAUGUGUUUAGUUUUUACAGCUUUUCUGAAAGAUGAGAAAAAUAAAUUGUUUAUAUUUUUAAA